AUGACUUCUCAUGUAUGGAGUAUCUUGAAUAGUCGAAAGUCUCUUUGGGUAAAGUGGAUUCAUGCUCAUAAACUUAAGGGUAGAAGAAAUUUCUGGGAUGUCUCUUUGAAGGCUGGCUCAACAUGGGGAUGGCGUAAGCUUCUUCAAUUGCGUGAAGUAAUCCGACCACAUAUUAAGUAUCUGAUAGGGGAUGGGUGUACUACUUCAGCUUGGUUCAAUAAUUGGACAUCUAUUGGUCCCUUAUGUAAGUAUAUUACAUAUAGAGAUAUUACUAGAGCGGGACUUUGUCUUGAUGCAACUGUUAAUGAUGUUCUAGCUAAUGGACGCUGGAAAUGGCCAGUUGCCUGGUUUGAUCUACUUCCAGUGCUUAUAAAUGUUACUCCUCCUGUUCUUCGUCCUUCUGUUUCUGAUGUAAUUACUUGGUAUGAUAAUAAUGGGAAAGAUUCGGGAUUUUUUGCAUAUUCCACAUGGGAAACCAUCCAAUUUAGAAAACCGGUUGUCCCUUGGGUUGAUAUUGUUUGGUUUGCACAUAGUAUUCCGAGGCAUUCAUUUCAUGUCUGGCUUAUUAUGAGAGAAAAAUUGAAGACUCAGGAUAAGAUGAAGCAAUGGGAUGUCAGCGGAUCUACUAACUUUAAUCUACUUUGCUGUUCCCUUUGCAAGCGUGGACCUAAUUCACAUCAACAUUUAUUUUUUGAAUGUAACGUUUCCUUGCAGAUUUGGAGUUUGGUGAGACCCUUAAUGGGAUUCCAUGCGGUUCCAAACCGAUGGAGUGAUAUCACAUCGACGCUAUUGUGGACAUCAAAGCCUAAUCUUGCUAAGACGAUUAUUGCUAAGCUUUUGAUUGCUGCCUCUGCUUAUUACUUAUGGCAAGAGCAAAACUCCAGAUUAUUUUCUCCCAAAAAAGAUCGGUUGCUUAACUGCGUGAUGUUAUUGUGUCUACUGUCCGGAUGA